UUUCGAACUUUGAGAGCUUCGAGUUGUGGAAUCUUCUCCUAAGUACUCGUACUUUGUCCCACACUUCUUGCUAUGCUCUCCAAGACCCUUUCCUGCUAUCUUUGGGGGUCCCUGGUCCUGGAUUAGAACAGUUGGCAACUCGAUCCUCCCACACGCAGGGGAAAGAAUUGGAGGGGUCCGCCCUGUGAUGUCACUCCCCCCGCCACACACACACCCUGUCCCCUUCCUCCACCACCACCACCCCCCAGCCAGUUGCAUUUAGUUCACAGGGCUAGGGCUACGACUUGCAAGAGUUUAGGAAGCUACGAACAGUGUGGCCCUGGGGGUGCCCACGCUCGACACCCAUCCCAACGUCUGAACCUCUGGGCUAGGAUGCUGCUGGGGAUAUAGGAAAGCACUUCCACCCGUUCCUCUCCUGAGCCCUGGCAGGGUGGUUUCUUAACCCUUCAAGACAUGCAUGGAUAGAUGAGAGGAGCCAACACUAGCCUUCCACUCUGUGACCACCUCUUCAACCAUGGAGAAAGCCUUGCUGCCCCUGACUGUGACAUCUGACCCCAGGCUCUUUAAUCAACAACUCCCAGAGCCUCCAGACCUAAGAUGUGUCUUGAAACCCCAGCACAAUCCUGAACUAGCACCUGCUCUGGUGUGUGCCCUUUGCUGCUGCUUUGGAAUCAUCUACUGCUGUUUUGGCUACCGCUGCUUUAAGGCAGUGAUGUUUCUCUCCGGCCUGCUGUCAGGAGCUCUGGUGAUCUUCCUGCUGUGCCACAAGGAGCAGGUGUUGGAGACACAGCUAAGCCUGGAGGUGAGCGCAGGCAUCGCACUGGGCAUCGGACUCCUCUGCGGCCUGGUCACCAUGCUAGUUCGCAGUGUCGGGCUCUUCCUGACUGGUCUACUAUUAGGUCUGACCCUGGGUGCUGGGGCCCUGCUGAUCACUGAGCCCAUCUACCAGCCACCAUCAGCCUGGGUGCCAGCCGGGGGGCUGGUGGGGCUGGCAUUACUGGGAGCUCUGCUCACGCUUCGGUGGCCACGUCCAUUCACAGUUCUGGGCACAGCCUUGCUGGGUGCUGCAGUGCUGGUGGCCUGUGCUGACUACUUCCUGGAGGGGCUGGCACUGGGCAGUCGGUUGGGCCAACGUCUGCAGGCACUUCCAGCCUUGUCUCCUCUCUGCUGGUAUAGCUGGGUCUUACUGGGCACCUGGCCAGCCUUGGGGGCUCUUGGGGCCCUGGCCCAGUGGAAGCUCAUGGUUGAGGAACAUGGAGGCCACGCCAACGCAGUGGUCUUGAGCCACCAACGAAGGCAUCUCCAACUUCUUCGGAUCCAUCAUCAGCAAGAGGCCAAGUGGCACCGGACUCCCUCUGGGGUGGGACCCUGUGAGGGCAGCUAUCGGCGCCAGCUGCCUGCCAAUACCCGGAGCCCUGCUGACAGUCUGGCUCCAAGUUAUCUCCAGAGUCUUCGAGAGCACCAACUGGGACCAAGCAUCCAAGUCACAGCCCCCCAUACCAUUCUGGACCUGGAUUCUGACUGUGGUUCCACUAUCCCCCUAACCACACCCUCUGGUCCCAUCCAAACCUGAGCCUAACCCUCUGCUGAUGCCCCUGCCCCUACUGUGGGCCCACAGAACCUACACACAAACUUCCCCACCUCUUGGAUUUGGGGAUAGGAUUUGUGCUCCAGUCCAGACUUGUAGGAAUAUAUUUCAGGGACAGACACAGGAAUCUCAUGGAGAGGGAAGAAGAACAGAAGUAGAGUACCUACCUCUGACCCAUAAUAGAGGUACUAUGGUCCCUAGAGAUACUGACUCCCUAGUUCCCUCCAAACUAAGGAGAGCCAUUACGCAAAUAGCCUUUUAAAUACCUGUUUCAGGGUGCCUCAAAAUAAGGGGCUUUGUUUUUGUAGGACCUAUAGAAAAUCAGGGAGCCUCCUAAAGCAUUUGCUAGCUUUUUAAUAAAGAGAGUGACACAGAAGAGUUCCAGGAUCCCCCAGUCCCCAACCCCCUCUUUAAGGGGUAAUUGGGUUUCUGAUAGACUUUGCCCCCAUAGACUAAACCCCCUUCUCCUACCUCAGUGGGGAGCAUGAUCCCCCAUCUCUCAAUCUGGGAAGACUACAGCACCUGCCUCAGUACCAGCCUCCCCAAAAGCUGGCUUCUUGCUCCAAGAAGAGAGCAUUGCCCUCAUCACAGAGUCCUGCCCUUUUGCCCAAAGGAGCCUGGUCUUCAUGGCUGCAUGGGAGACAAGUGCCUUUCCCGCCUCACUGUGGAUGAUACUAAUUUCCUCUUUAAACAGAAUUUUGUACCAGUCACUAACCCUUUCUAACCCUCCCUGCUCUCACUCUCCUAUCCAAGGUCUGUUCCCUGGUUUCCCAGAUAGCAUGAAGACAUAGCCCUCCCCUAGGCAGAAGGCUAUAUGAUGGGAGGGAGCAAGAACAUGGGAACAUGUGAAUAAAAUGGCAUUGAAAACUGAACCAGGGUAACUGGCCUCUACUG